UUGGGGUAAACUUCAUUCCCCAAAGGCAAUUUCUCUGGUUUUUGAGCUGAUGAGGCCUUAACCCAUCAUAUCCUAAAAAUCAUAUUCUUGAAUAAUGGAUGAAAAGGAGGUCUCCGUGGUUGUAUCCGAAAAGAAAAAUGAUAGCUUGUAUCCGAUGUUUUUUGGUGUUUCUUGUGCAUUCUUUGCCCUCAGAUUCUUGUCGAAACCUGAAAUAAAUGAUGAGAAAUUGUUGGAAAUAAGACACAGAUUGCUUCAAGGAAGUGCUCACCUCUUGGGACUGCUGGUUUGGAGAGUUCAGAGAGAUGAAGCUUUCAGUGGAAAGUGUGAGCUUCUCCACAAGCUGGAGAAUGCCGAACAACAGAUUGAAGAGUUAAAGAGAAUACGAAGUGAAGAUGCUAAAGCCAACGAGAAAGUUGUAGGCAUAUUUGCUGCGCAGGAACAGGACUGGUUGAUUGAGAGAAAAAAGCUUCGACAGCAAAUUGGAGCUCUUAUGAAUGAAUUGAGAAUUUUUGAGACAAAAAAUGACAAAGCUUCUUCUGAACUAAAUGAAAAAUUGCAGGAGAAUGAGGUUUUGGUGCAAUCGAAGGAUAAAAAGCUGGAGGAAGAAGAGAAAAAGAGGAGGGAGCUGGAAGAGAAACUUAGAGAGGCUGAAAAUUCCGCAGAGGAAUUGAGAGACAAGGCAAAGCACGAAGCGCAACAACAUUCCACUGAGCUUUGGAAACACAAGACUGCCUUCAUUGAGCUUGUAUCUAACCAGCGGCAGCUUGAAGCAGAAAUGGGUCGAGCCCUCAGGCAAGUUGAAGCAGCAAAACAAGAGCUAGAUGCAGUUUUGGAGCAAAAGGAGCAGUCUGUCUUGUUGGCACAAAAAUUAUCCAUGGAGCUUGUCAAAAUGCGCAAGGAUUUGGAACAGAAAGACAAUAUUUUGUCUGCUAUGCUGAGAAAAUCCAAAUUGGAUACAGCAGAGAAGCAAAUGCUGUUAAAGGAGGUCAAAUUAUCAAAGGCCAAGAAAAAGCAAGCUGAGCUAGAAACAGCAAGGUGGAAAGCUGUUUCUGAGUCUAGACAUGAAAGGCAUUCAUUGGGAAGUAUGUUAUAUAAGCAUGCCAAUUCAAAAUUGGAGGCCGUCUCUGGUAGAAGAGCUGUGCUUUCUAAUGCAACAGUGCCAUCACAAAUUGGAAAACCGGAAUCACAGCCAACGGAUCUUCUGCUCGAGUAUGAUGAACCUGGGCUUAGGAAAGAGACAGAAGUGUCUUCUCCUCUAUCUGGCCAAUACUUUACACAGGGAAGUGAUGAAAUGGUUUUUGCAGCGGACAUUAAGCAGUUGGAGGGUUGGGUUCGAUCUGAAGCUGAAAAAUACACAACUGCAGUGGAUCAGAGGCAUCACCUUGAAAUAGACGCUUUUGCUGAACAACUUAGACUCAAAGAUGAGAAACUAGAAGCUUUUCGUUGGCGUUUACUAAGCAUGGAACUGGAGUCCAAGCGACUGCAGUCCCAUAUCGAAGGGCUUGAGUACGAUCUGUCGCAGCUUAGACAAGACAACCUGAAACUGGAAGCUAUAUUAUUGGACCGAGAUGCAGAAUUACAUUCCUUGAAAGAACAGAUCGCAAUGCAGUUAAAUGCUCCAAAUUUCCAGAAGACUAACUCAAAAUCACCUCCACAUAAUCUGACUAUAGUCCAUGAUACCGUGUGGUCCAGAGUCAAGGUCAUAAAGAGAAAACCAGGGGAGAAAGAGCAAGACACAAGGACAACUCCUGCGGAAAUUUCUCAAGAGGUAAAAAUUGAGAAAGAUGAUGAAACCUUGGUUGAAAACCAGCCCAGGGAUGUAUCUAUGACUGCCCAAACUCCAGAGAAGGAUUUUGAAGAAGAGAAAGAUGUUGGCUAUGCUGCCUCGGAUGCAGGUUCCAUUCAAGAGGAACAUGCUAGUCCAGAGGAGAUUGAAAAAUCUGCAAAAUUACAANAAACUCCAGAGAAGGAUUUUGAAGAAGAGAAAGAUGUUGGCUAUGCUGCCUCGGAUGUAGGUUCCAUUCAAGAGGAACAUGCUAGUCCAGAGGAGAUUGAAAAAUCUGCAAAAUUACAGUCAGCAGGUCAGUGCUUGAGUGCAAAAAUUGAUUCUCAAUGGAAGAUGGAUCUUCAUGCUCUUGGAGUCUCUUACAAGAUCAAGAGGCUGAAGCAGCAACUACUUAUGCUUGAGAGGUUGACAGGAAAGCAAGAAAGUUAUGAAGAUAGUGAAAGCAACGCNAUGGAUCUUCAUGCUCUUGGAGUCUCUUACAAGAUCAAGAGGCUGAAGCAGCAACUACUUAUGCUUGAAAGGUUGACAGGAAAGCAAGAAAGUUAUGAAGAUAGUGAAAGCAACGANUAG